AUGCAGCUUUGGGAGAGGCUGUUCAAACGGUAAAUAUAGCUAAAGUACAGCAGAUUUUCGCCCCACAAGUACCGCCCAAAUCUGGUAAUAUGUAGGAAAAAAUUAAGUUAGCCUGGUCGUGCCAUCAGAACGUUAAAGUACGGCCAUCGAAUGUCCUCUAAGACUGCUAAAAAUACGGCGAUAAGAUGUCUGAGAACAGUAAUUGGAUGGCGAUUAGGUUGGCGGAUAAAGCAGCGGGCCCACAAAAUUUGAAUGUUGACAAAAAACAAAAGAGAAAACAAGCUUCGAUGCCCGCGGACGAAGGGGGCGGGGGGGUUUCUCCGAUGCCCGCAAAGAAAUUCCUAUUUAUGCCCUAACUAUUGGUGCAAUCCAUCUUCGGAAAGUGACAGGUCUUAUGCCAAAUUCAUCGUUGGCAGAUUUCGCGCGACACGAAUUCAUGUCCGCUCUUCGGUCAUAGUUCCACGACGCCUUCGGUUCGGGCCCUUGGGGACAUAAAGGCGGGCAGGGGAGACCGGAGACGACGAAUCAGUGCCGCAUUGAAACAAAGGACAAUGACUGCAGAAGGUCGUUUUGCGUCGUCUGAAUAGUUCCUGUCCGCAAGGUUUCCGAGAGACCUGCAGCGGAGUUUGAAAUUGGACCUAAUCCAUAAUUAAUGAACUGCUUUUGGGCCUAUGGUCAAAAGUCGGCCGUUAACGUGCUUCGCAGCGGGAUUAUUCGGUCAAAGCGGUGUUUUUGGAAAUGUCACUAAAAGGGCAUUCCUCCCGCCAGAAUGACUCUGAUUACGGUCGUAUAGGACAUGACCAAAACAUGAUUUAUGAUUUCUACUUUAAUAUAUUCUUCUUUUUUUCAGCCCGUUCCGAGGAUUACGGCGAGCAUCAUCUUCCGGCUCCUCCAACUCGCUGAACGUCUCGUCCUAUCCCUAUCCCCGGACCCACACCACCCUUGUCGUGCCUGGCUCGGUCGUUCUUCAGCGUGAUCGGCCCGCGCUUUUCGACGACUCUCCCACCUCGCCGACUGGAACAACACAGCCGCGGCCAUUUCAUCGGCCUCCCCUGAACCGAGCGAUCCCACCCAUCCCGGAGAGCCGAUCCAACGAAUCCAUCAUCUCCCAGGCCAGCCAGUUGCAUCGGCACAGCAUCUCGGACAGUUCUAUCGGAUGCUCGACUCGUGAAGCGGUCCAACCGAUCCUACCGGUGCUGGCGAGCAGUGUUUCGGAGGCCGACAAUUCGGUGGUAAUUGAGAACAAGAUGGCACAGAACCUGGGUGCGAGACACGCCACCAACUACACGGGUUCAGUUGGGCGGCCAAUGGCCAAAUCGAUGUCCGUGGAGUCGAAGCCGCCUUUCGACCCGACCGCGCAAAAAGCCAUCCACAACAGUGUAUCAACACCCAUAAUUUCGAAGAAGGUGACAGCUGUGAUAGUCACAUCCAAGACGGCGUCCAGCCCCAUCGACCCUCCGGCCUCAUCCGCUUAUUCGGGCCCACCACCCAAGCCCACAAGAUUGCCGGCGGCCAAGAAAAAGUAUGUUACAAAAAAGUUCGUAAUGAGGCCGGAAUUAGGCCCACAAAACGCGAAACAAUCAAUUUUUUACAGACAAACAAGGCUAUGUCAGCAAACGUCCGAACCGCCGAAGAGUCCGCUCCUAUCCAUGGCCCAUACGGUCCGCAGUCGACUCAACAAAUUGGGGAAUCGCUUCGGUCGAGGGUCGUCGAGGUCACCUAUUAGAUCGAGUUACAGUAUGGUCAGGUAAGUGAUAGAAUCUAAAAAAAUAAAUAAUGAUAAUACGUUUAGUAUGAGAAGGGACAAAUCAGAUCUCAAUAACGACAAGAACAUCUCUGAUCGUCUGGCCAAAUCAUCAAGUAUGAAUUGUCCAGACAGGCCGAACUUUGUCCCUCCCCCGCCCCCAACGUCGUCGCCUCCAGCUGACGAUGAACUUGAGCCAGAAGAAAUCAAAAUAGUCAGUCCAGUAUACGUCUCCAGCAUCCCUCGAAGACUACCGACUACCACUCUAAUACAGUCACCAAUUGGAGGGCGACUUUACAGAAGACUAGAUCCAGAAGAUCUCCCGGCUGAUGAUGGACCAAUUCCAGCUAUCGAUUCGAUUGAAAAUAUUAAAACACCCGACGAAAAUAUUCCUCCGGCAAUUUUACUGCAUAAGGAGAGUGAACUUCAAGUAAGGAAUUUAAUAAAAAAUUGAUUUUAAUUUAGAGAUUUCAUUGUAUCAUCAAAAAAAUUUUUUAGGAACUCCCAUUACCAAAUGCGCCUCAAGUAACGUUCAAGGAGUUGCCGAAGACCGAGUACAAUUCCAACUCACUUCCAAGGAAGUCAAAGUCAGUGGCUCAUGUCAUUGUCCGUCAACCAAGUGAACCGGCUUAUCAGACCCAUAAACGUUCCAAAUCAAGAGACUUUCUGAUGACUCCAAUACUGCGCAAGAAGGAAAAGCCGGAGAAAGGAGCCGAGAGUGUAAAGACGACAAGAAGCCUUAAAAUUACAUAUCGUGGAGACGACUUCACACCGAUUAUGAAACGGGCGGCUCAUAAGAAAUCAAGUUCAGGUAAGCUGCACAAUUCCCAAAGCACAACGUUUUCCCCUCACUAAUUUCUUCGCUUCUAGCUGGUCUGAAACUCUUGGGCCAGAAACUUCUCUCUCUCUAACCAUAUUAAAAAUUAACUGUAAGCACUGCAAUGUGUAUAUCCUAUAAUUUUAGUCGACAUCUCAAAGUUGGUUCACAACAACGACCCCAAACCCGGAAGCUCGAAGAUCCAACAAAGCGCUACGGCCAGCAAAAUUGAUGAGAUGCGCCAGCACAAGCGAUCCUUCAUCCCGACGAGGUAAGGGAUUUGAUGGCUGCGGUGUGUGUAAUUGAUUGCUUUUGCUUGGACCGAAAUAAACGUGACAUGAUUGUUGUAUCUGACCGUUCCAUCUUUAAGCACCAUUCGAUGGGGCCACUCGAAGGGCCGCAAAGCGCCCUUGGCUCAAUGGGAAUCGUCGCGGGUUAAGGACUCGCCGGCCACCGAAAUUCCGCCGAGUUCCUUCGAGUCGCGGCUUAAGAGUCCGAGCAAGGCGAGACGGAUCGCCUUCUGGAAAAGCAAACCCAAAAGUGAGGAGAAUAACAACACUACGAGCGAGGAGCCCAAGGAAGAGCUUAAGGUGGAGGUCCAGGAAGUCGAGACUGUCAGAACUAUCACGACUGCUCGGAUUAUCACUAAGCCAGUGCCUGAGACUGAGGACGAGAAUGGAAAUGUUGCGCGGCCUGCAGAACGAGGUGAGUACAUAUUUUUUCUGUUGCUAGAGUUCACAGUAAUCUCUCUUAUAUCUGGCUGCUCUUUUUUUGCCGUCACAAAAAUUUAUUCUGACGACAUUUCCUUCCCCCACUUGAAUUUCACUCCAAAAAUAAUUAACUUUUUUUGUUUAUCUUCUGAAAUUUCAGCGCCUUGGAGAGAAUACAUUCUGUUUGCAAUUAAUUCCCUCCAGCAAAUUUCAUUAGCUACUCAGCAAAAAAUGCAUCUGAUAUGCAAAAUUUUAAUAAAGACCGCAAGUCGGUCAUGCCCCAUAGCUUUAUUAGUCUCCUUCCAACAACCCUUUUAUCUGGGAGUCCAUCAGUCAUCCGUAUGCCAUCUCUCUUCAUCUAUUUAUUUUAGCCCAAGAUUAUUUGUCCGAUUGCCAAUGCGCGAGUUUUGCGGGGUUUGUUUUCGUUGUCUUCAAGAGUUCCUGGAUGAGCGAGAAAGUGGACGGCCGAGAGUUGCGGCCCAAUUCGGCCGUCUUCUCCUCGGCUUUUCCCCCCUCUCUUUUUUGGGGCCAAAUUACCGCGGGUCGAAAAUUGAAUUCCUCUUUUUGGGAGGGCAUAAAAUCUGUCAUCUUUUUACGUUUUCUGGUUUCGAGCGGUCGAAAGUAACCAUUUCAGGCAGUAAAAAGUUUGCCUCAUGAGUUCCUAUACUAAUGCAAUAUUGGGUAUACAACUUAACAGCUCUUACUGUCAUAACGACAAGUUUUCUGGGGCUAAAUCAAUUUCAAAGAAAUGGGUGGAGUUUUUUCAUCAGUUUGAGUCCCAGUGGGGAACUUCAACCGACUUCUCUAAACAUUCCAAAUAAGCGCAACUGUUCUGAGGCGUUUCUUUAUUUCAGACCGAAGUCGACUUGCUCUGAGUGAACUUUUGGCUAGUCCAUUAACAGUCCGACGUCCACAAGAGAAGCAAUUCAGACGGGCGCUUCAGGCGAAACAAAAGAGCGGGCUCAUCGACGACGAGAUCGAGUAAGUGUUUGAACGCAGAUUUAUCGAUCCCAUAUACAGACCUGAAUUUCAGCAUAAUACAAGUUUGCAUUUUUAGUGACCAGCCUAUGCUAAUAAGCACUGAGCUUUCGCUGAUCGACGAGCAUAGCGAGGGCACUCCCUAUAGCCAAACGGCUUUCCCCGAGUGGCCAAAGGACGUGAAUCGAAACGUAACCACCACUUUCCUCACCAGUGAACCCAUCAUGACAUUGGAGAAGGAUCAAGAUGGCAACUUUGUUCAGGCCAUGUAAGUUUCCCUUAUGAUUUAUGGAAUCGACUCAAAAUUCUGUUAACCCCGCUGAAUUCCGAUUUAAAAGAUUUGCGGAAUUCCAAUCCGCUGUUUUCCUGCAAACGAAUUCACCCCAAUUAGGCUGUAGGUCAGGAAGAGAAACGAGAAAAUCAUGGGGAUGUGGUUCAAUCGAACGAAAAAAUCUGAGGGGAAGAGAGGGUAAACAAUCGCGCGGAAGGAAGGAAACAUCCAAAAAAAACUCUUUAUACUUGAUUCGUUUCUUAUACUAGUAACAAGUGGAUUACAUGGCGGGCUGUUUGUUUUUGACGGACCUAAUCAAGCUUAUUAGGUAUGUCAGUUUAUAUGACAGCAGGAAUAUACUAAAUUUGGUUUAAAAUUGCGAUCACUCGUGCAUUUUAUCGUUUUAUAUACUUGUUUUUAGGACGACAAGGACAGAGCCAUCUUCCGCUGUCCGAACGGAGAUCACAACCCACUACAAACCUCAUUCUGCUACAAUAGAGACACAUACCAAGGAACAUGAUCAUGCGGCUAUCGAGAAGGUCAUCGAGGGACUCAGCCAACAGUUGGCCAAGAUCAAAGAGUACGCGAUCGAGGUAAGAGAUCCGAUAUGACAAUUCUAUCAUUAAAACGACUACGUUUACGGCUUCCUUAUCCAAUACUACCUUUUCAGGACGAAGAUGAGAUGGAAAAGCUCCGAAUCGAAAACAAUUCCCUCAAGGAAGAGCUGGAAAUCAAGGACCGGGUAAUCAAUUUGUUGAUGAAUAAGCUCAAUGUGCCUGGCGAGCACUUGGUCACGCGUUCGUAG